UUUCAUUUAUUCUGCAUGUAAAAUACUUUUGAGUGAAAGUGUAAUUAGACAUUGAACAAGUAGUAUUCCACAGCUACAUUAUUUUAUUGGCACCGAAUAAGUGCAGAUAGAAGUGCAGCAAAUAUUUAUUAUACUAGUACAAGGAAGUAUACUAUUUCCUAUAGAAAAUCCUAAAUUUACCCGUCAUCUCACCUGUAAAUAUUAUAGUAUCAGGUCCACUUGCGCAUUUCACAUUUAUUUUUGUUCUCUUUUUUUCCCACUCUCAUCUGGAAUCUUUUAAUCACAUUCCCCCUCCCUAUACAGAGUAGCAUGCCAGCAGUUGUACACGUGCCGGUAAAAAUCUGUUUUCUCCAAUAAAGAGUCUCUUUCACCUGUGAAUGGCUAACUAUAAUUUAAACCACAGCUCAGACUCUGCACGGAAGCGUGUAUAAAAAAAUCAAAUGUUUGCAGGAAUAGCUGCUCAGAACAAGUUCAAGAACCUGAAGGAGACUUUCAACAAGCACCGCAAUAAAAUCAGAGACUCGAUGAGAAGCGGAGCAGGUGCAGCUGAUGUACCAACUGUGAAGUGGGCACACUUCGAGUCAAUGAUGUCUCUGAUGGGUCCAGUCUUGAAAGAACCAAUAACACCAAACGUGGAUCGACCAAGUACGAGCAGAGAGGGCAGCACGGAGGUUGCAGAGACACCGCAGCUGGAGGAUGCCACUUAUGACGCAAGUUCUCAGGAUGAGCUUUCAGGAGCAGGGGCAUCACCGCUCCCCGUAACGCCUGCAAUUAUGGAAACAGACAGGUCAGUAGACAGUGCAGAGACUGACCAAGAUGCAGUGUUUCAUGCUGAAAGGCAAGUAGUUGCAAUAGGAUUACUGUGAAAGUUUUGAUGCAUCCAUGCUAUUCACACAUAUUACGCAACUUUGCAAUACAACCUGUUUUUGACACUGUAUACUUCAAUUUUCUCCUCUGGAUGAACAGGCCACGGAAGAUCCCUAGGAUGUCCGCCAGUGAUUAUAAGUAAGAUAAGAGCGCACAUAUUGUGACCAUCACAUGCCUAAAGUAUAUACCAUGUUUCUUUGCAGCUCUGCACCGCCUGUCUCACAUGUGGACAUCGCAACAGAAUGUCUCAGUCAAUUGUGCGCUGUCAUGGCAUCGCAGUCUACUAGAGAAUGUCACGACCUUCCAUACUUUUUCUGCAUGUCGCUUGCACAACAGUUACGUUUACUGAAUACCCAUCAGCAAAUAGAUGCAAUUACAGCACUGCAACAAGUUAUGAAUGAGAAAAUUAAUGAAGCAAAAGAUGCAGUGUCAAAUAACUGAAAAUUACCUUCCUGGCUCAACUUCCACACAUACAAGAAGUGUCUUAAAACUAUCGAACACUAUUUACAGUCGAACCUGGUUAUACCGAAUUGUCUGUGUCGACCAUUUUUAACAUCCCCUUGGGAAACCAUUGCAAAAGUAUGGCACUGUACCAUACGGAUAUCGAACACCCAUUCACUGUCACACAUGGUGGCAGCUUAGCGGCUAUGGCAUUGUGCUGUUAAGCACUAGGGUGCGAGUUCGAUUGUUUGUCAUGGUGGCUGCAACAAAAACAACCAUGUACUUAGAUUAGGUGCGUGUUAAAGAACUCCAGGUGGUCAAAAUUAAUUUGGAGUCCCCCAUUACGAUGCGCCUCAUUAUCAUAUCCUCCUAAGAACCCUUGUACAAUACAUUGCAUUGAACUUUUUUUCGCAAUUCACUGGGAAGUGAUUACGCGAAAUAUUCACUCUGGGUAUA